AGCAGAGCGGGCCGAGAGUCGUGGCCAGGACAGCGACACGAGUGCGCGUUUCCUCGUCAGUUUCGCUCCGCUCCGCUCCACGCUCGUGCACUCCUGCGCGACAUUCGGCUGCACACUUGCACAGUGCACAACAGUUUUACCUCUGCGCAUCGAGAACGUCCGUCGCUGGGACAUAAUUUGAUUCUCGAGGAUCGUAAAAGGGAAGUCGCGAACAAAAGAAAAGUUCAGAAUGAGAGAAAUCGUGCAUCUGCAGGCUGGACAAUGCGGCAACCAGAUCGGUGCGAAGUUCUGGGAAGUAAUCUCUGAGGAGCACGGUAUCGAUCAAUCGGGCAUCUAUCACGGAGACAGCGAUCUUCAAUUGGAGCGAAUCUCCGUCUACUACAACGAAGCUUCUGUUGCCACGUCCACGAACGGAGGAAAGUAUGUACCCCGGGCGAUUCUGCUGGACCUCGAACCCGGUACGAUGGACGCGGUUCGUUCAGGCGCAUACGGGAAAUUGUUCCGACCGGACAAUUUCGUGUUUGGCCAAUCCGGAGCAGGCAACAACUGGGCGAAGGGACAUUACACGGAGGGUGCCGAGCUGGUGGACUCUGUCCUGGACGUGGUCAGAAAGGAAUGCGAAAAUUGCGACUGUCUCCAAGGUUUCCAACUGACCCAUUCGCUCGGCGGUGGUACCGGCUCCGGUAUGGGGACUCUACUCAUCUCUAAGAUCCGUGAAGAGUACCCGGACAGAAUAAUGAACACGUAUUCGGUGAUGCCGUCCCCUAAAGUGUCCGACACCGUGGUGGAGCCUUACAACGCCACUCUGUCCGUGCAUCAGCUGGUCGAGAACACCGACGAGACUUACUGCAUCGACAACGAGGCCCUCUACGACAUCUGUUUCCGUACUUUGAAGGUUUCGAAUCCCAGCUACGGGGACCUGAAUCAUCUGGUCUCGCUAACCAUGUCCGGCGUUACGACCUGUCUCAGGUUUCCCGGCCAACUGAACGCCGACCUGAGAAAAUUAGCGGUGAACAUGGUUCCCUUCCCUCGUCUCCAUUUCUUCAUGCCCGGCUUUGCACCGCUAACCUCCAGGUCUAUGCAACAAUACUCGGCGCUCUCGGUGCCGGAGCUCACGCAACAGAUGUUCGACGCGAAAAACAUGAUGGCCGCCUGCGACCCCAGACACGGUCGAUACUUGACCGUCGCCGCCGUGUUCCGCGGUAGAAUGUCCAUGAAGGAAGUGGACGAGCAAAUGCUCAGCGUUCAGAACAAGAACAGCUCUUACUUCGUCGAAUGGAUACCGAACAACGUGAAAACCGCCGUUUGCGAUAUACCGCCGAAGGGGUUAAAGAUGUCGUCAACUUUUAUCGGAAACACGACCGCCAUUCAAGAACUGUUCAAGAGAAUUUCCGAACAGUUCACCGCCAUGUUCCGGAGGAAAGCUUUUCUGCAUUGGUACACCGGCGAAGGUAUGGACGAGAUGGAAUUCACGGAAGCCGAGUCGAACAUGAACGAUCUGGUGUCGGAGUAUCAACAAUAUCAAGAAGCCACCGCCGAGGAAGAUUUCGAGGCCGAAGAAUGCGCCGACGACUUUGAGACCUGCGAUCAAGAGUGAACGACCGCCGAACGAUUAUCUUUUUUAUAUUUCUUCCUCGUCUCUUUCAGCUUUGUCAACGUAGUAACGAGAACGGCCGUUAUCUCUUUCUCACUUUCUCGCUUUCCAUUUUAUACUUUUAUACGUGACGUUUCUUUUUCACGAUCGCGAAGUUUGAUACACUCGUUGCUACGUUUCGUCCCAUUUUCAAUGCGAUAAGGUGGAUGGCGUGAAGCUCGAAAGUUAGGAAACGAAAAUUUAAUACAGCCAGCGUCCGAUAUUCUGGGUUUGCGAGCAACGGCUCGCGACUCGACCGAAGGCCAAAGCGCUCAAACCAAAAAUCAAUCUUCUAUGUUGUAUCCACGACAAACCAAUCUAUCUAUCGUCUGCGUGUAAUCGUGGCGAGCGUUUAAAUGUAGCGCAAGUUUGUUCCUUGAAAAAAUAUAUGUUUUAUCGACUA